GUCAAAAAGCGUCUAUGUGCGUUCUUCGCCGCGCUUUAUUUCUACAAUUUGUUUUAUUUAGAAUCUACUUCACAUAAUAAUUAAUUAUUCUGUUUAAAUGAAGUUAACAGUAUGGGCGCCAAAACACCCUGCAAGUUAAAACUGCGGCGGCCGACAUACAAAUGUAACCAGUGCUCGAGAAACUUCCUCAGUACCCAAGCUUUGAAGAGCCACCAGUAUUGCGUGCAUAAAAUUAAAGGAAAUGGAAGGCCAGUCAGAGAGAAGUCGAAAUUGACAAAUUUACCCGAGAAAUCUGUUAAAAAUACAGAUGUAAUGUUAAAGAAGGUGCCACAAACUGUAGAAGCUAAUGUUGAAAACAGUGUGACUUUAAAUAAUGAGGAUAACAGAAAAAUUGAAUUUGAGUGUCCUCAAUGUUUGAAGAUGUUCUCUGUAUACUUUUCGGCGUUCAAACAUAUACAAAGGGUUCAUUGCAUCAAUGAGAAAGGUCAAAGAGUGGCAUCCAGUUCUUCGGACAUAAUAAAACCAGUAAGAGUGGAGCUAUGCACGAAGUGCAAUAUUCGCGUACGUACCAACGAACGUCACAGAUGCUCCGACGCGAACGUCGACUCAAAUGUAUUGGGAAUCAAGGCCAUUUGUACUGGAUGCAAACAACAGUUCGCCAGUAUUCAGUUAUUCGACUUGCAUGUCACUGGGUUGCAUUGUGACAAGAUAGAAGGCAUGUUCUUCCCAACAAAUAUCGAAUUCCUCCAGUGGAAGAACAACAUGGAGAACGAAACCAGUAACAGAUACCUGAUACUAAAUAAAUGUUCUGCGAAACAGACGUACCGGUGUUCUUUCUACCUUGCAACAGAUAAAAACGAGAAAGAUGAGGUGUCCCAUUUCUGUCCAUCCAGUAUUAUCGUCCGCGAAUUCUCCAAAGGGGUACAAGUGCAUUUCUAUAAGCAACAUUACGGUCAUCCGUGUCCAGAAUACAACAUACCCAAGCAGUUCAGCAAAUACACUAUCACAUCCCUAAUGGAAGCAAAAACGAAAGCACAAUUAGACGUCGUCGACAUGUCCGAUGAUACAGAUCUGUAUGUACAAUUCAAAACACUGAUGGACAACAUUGUACUGGACGCGGCAAAAGUUAAAAUUAACCAUUUAAAAGUUUUAAUAGGUAAAGCUUUAGAGAUGUCCACUAUUUUAAAACAGUAUAUCGGUGAUGAAGAUUAUGACGAAUAUCCGAAGACGGCACCACUAAACAAAACCAUGACAGACGAUCAAAUAACGACAGCCCUGGAAACGUUCACUAAAGAUAUUAAGAAAAGGAAAAGUACUACAGUUGCAGUCACUCCGAACGCUAACCCUACAGUAGCAUUAAAGAGGCAAAAGAUUACAACUCCUAACACCGAUCUCACUGAUACGAAAAAAGAUGUUAUUUCGAUAGCAAUACCACCAAUAAAGACUUACAGUAAUAGAAGUAAACAAAAAACACCAAUUAUACUUAAUACUUUCUCAUUAGCCGACGAGGUAGUCAAUGAGGAAGACUCAAAAGAACUACUUAAAGAAAUUGACCUUCCCAAAAUUAACCCUAAAAUUUCAUCACCGGCUUCUUUAUCUUUAUCUUCGUUCAACGAUUCUUACAGAGAAUUCGUUGAUAAGAACUUCACAGCUAAAGCGGAUUCAAAAUCCAACAGUAAAAAAGAAGCUCAAACGAAUGCAAAUCAAAAUACAAAAGAGAAAAUUAAAGUGUUAAGUAAAAACGAUAUCAAUGAAAGAGUUGAACUUAGGCUUCCCGUAGAUAUUAAUAAAAAUAAUAAUGUCAAUAUUAAAAGUAUACAAAAAAUCGAAAAGAACAAUAGUAUCACUAAUAAUGAUACUAUUAAUAAAACUAAGGAACUAAAUAAUAGUCGUCCUAUUAAUAAAACUAGGGAGCUAAAUAAUAGUCGUACCAUUAAUAAAACUAAGGAACCUAAUAAUAGAAGUUCUAUUGAUAAACAGAAAGCUAACAAUAUUAAAAAAUAUCCAACAGUUAAGAAAGGUAGAGUUGAUAAAAAGAAAGUUAUGAAAACAAAGAUAGGUCAGUUCAAGCCGAGCUUAUCACCCAAAAAAACUGAAUCUACUAAAGGUAAUAGAGAUUUAAACAAAAGAAAUAGUAAGUCGAAACUCGAAUUCGAUUACGAAGUGAAAGAACAGGAGAAUGAUUGUAACAUAUUAAUUUUAAAGAUAUGA